AUGGCUUUCGGACAGUCGCCAGGAAAGGAAUUUUUCAACAGUUGGGCGCUAUGGCAGAAGAUGACCUUUGUCGUCACGGUAUUCCUCGGUCUCUUGAAGCUAUGGUACGACACCAACAAGCUCAAGAAGUACAGCAAAGUCGACAAGGGCAAACGAGCUGUGACACCGGAGAUGCUCGAGGCACAGCCAGUGACUGCCAUCAGCGUAGAAACCAAAGACGAUGUCCCAUUCGGCAUUCGCGCCAUCCAAAGUGGAAUCGAAGUCGAUGGUGUAUGGAUCUCGAGGACCAACACGCCCGCUGGCAGCAGCCGCAACUCGAUCAGCGAAGUUGCUCGUAGCUACAACAAUUCCCAGCUCGAGCUUCCCCAAGCCGCCAUGUACAACGGCUCUAGCCGCAACAGCUCGCGCGCACCCAGCAGCUCCUUCGACCGCGCUGUCUCUGCCGAGCCGAUCACGAGCAAUGCUUCCCGUUCCUCGUCACAAAACAGACAAUCCACUGCGGCACCCAGCCACCGCAUGUCCCACGUUGCCGAGACUGGCCAGCUCACGCCCCGAGUCCGCAAGCCAGGCAACAGCGGAGAUUGGGCCAGUGUAGCAGACAACCAAACUUCAUCCGCCAACGGUGUCAGCUACUUCAUGCCCCAGAAGACGCCUUCUCCACCAUACCCGGCUGCCGUCGAAGAGCGACAACCGGCAGCAUCGCACUAUACUCAAGACGGACACGCAUCGAACGAUUCUAAGCAAGGCAUUCCUCUCAUGGAGUCAUAUGCGCCGCGGGCUGCCUACCUCCCCGACACAUACCAGCCCAAGGGCCCACACCACCAGUACUCGUAUGACGAAGUGCCGUACGAGGUCAAUACCGAGCAGAACCAGCGCGAGAGCCAGAUUCUCCGCAAAGUCAACUCCGGCUUCGAGAUUAUGAGGCCAGGCACCUUCGCAGCGCCCACCCCAGAAGAGCUCGAACUUGCAGAAAGGCAACAGCACGGGAAGAAGCUCCAGAAAAAGCGACGCUCAUCCGAGACCCGACGAUCGGCAUUCGUUGAGAGCGUGUAG